AUGGUCUACACUGAACGUACCGACAAGUGCCUGAGCAGCACCACCAAGGACAACCAGUCCACGAAGGGUCAGAACCACUCCAAGUCGAGCAGCGGCUCUGGAUCGGGUUCAGGAUCAGGAUCGGGAUCGGGAUCUUGGAGCAGUCAAGCCUCGAGUGCUGACAAGUGGAAGUACAACAACAUGGUGAAGAACGAUCGCCAGCAGUUCAAUGGGAUGCAUUUCUCCUAGAUGCUGUAGUAAAUCCUACUGGAAUGUGGGGAGCCUUGAGGAAUGGAGAAACGGGGGGCUGUAAACGUUGUUCUUUCUAUUUUGUUCAGAUGGGCUCGCCUUAGGUUAGUUUUGUAAGCCAUUUUAAAGACUUAGGUAUUGCCAUGUGAUAAAAGAAAGAAAUCAAUAAUACUCCAAUUGGCUAAUAAAAUUAAUUCAGAAAGUGAUGCGCAAAAA